CUAACAUCAAAGCUGAAAAGUUUUUGUCAAUUAAUGUAUUCUGGUAUUUAAACAUUCAAACUUACAGUCUUGUUAGAACAAUCCCCGAAAUUAGAAAGUAAUCGUUAAGCUUUAUUAGCUUGAAGUGAUGAAUUUUUAAGGAAUUUUUGUAUAUCAACUAAAGUGCAGAUCAUUUUACAUUAAAGCGCUGUCAAGCAUUAAUUGUCAAAUGUAAAAUUUGAAUGUAUAUAUAAUUAAACAUAUAGCGUUAAUUAGGAAAAGAAAUUAAUUAAUUAUGCUAGAGAAAUGCAAAAGAUAAUACUAAGAUCAUUCCAUUACGACUUACUCAACCAGCAAUGAGUCAAUGAGAAGAGGCCAGUUCGAAAGAAGCUCAAUCGGAAAACCCCGCUGCAGUACCAUGGUUUCAACGGGUGCUUUAAUCGUUGUGGCCGCAUUGCAUGUAUUGCUGAGCUUAUCAUUUUUCAUCGAACAGGAAGCCGAUCAAUGUUCAACAGCUCCCACAAUAGCCAGCUGGAUCUUUUUAAUUGGACUUUUUGAUAUCCUCUGGGACAUGUGCAUUUUCCCGCCACGUUAUGCACAUUUACCAUCAAUAUGUCGAAUUAUAUGGGAAAUAAUUUUUGCGAUAUUAAUCACUGAAUUCGGAACAAUCAUUGUGUGGUGUCAAAUUGAAAAACUUUGCUGUCGCUUAACAAAAUUCAUGUUAUUAAUUAUGGGCCUAUACCCGUACGUCUUCUAUACAUACGAAGCAUAUAUUUUGGGGAUUGUUACUUCGGCAAUUAGUUUGGCUUUUGUGAUAUGCGCAAGCAAAGCAACGGGAAAUUUCUAUUUUUUACUUAGACGAGGCGAAUGCGCAGCCUUGGAAAUAAGAGAGAGAGCGAAAAAUUUAACAAAAAUUUUUCGAAAAGUAAAGAGAACCCAAACAAAGAAAACAAAUACGAAAGGAAGGAUAACAAGAAAGGUAAGGUUCAAUGAUACGGUUUCUUGUUCACCGGAAGACGAGUAAUAUAUCACGCAUAACUUGAAAGUUGAUUUCUCACAAUAAAUUCAUUGAACUGGAAGUAGAUAACCUGCUGAAAAUAGAUUAACCAAAAUUUUAUUUGAGACUAAUUUAUAAAUGUAUACAAACUUUAUAUAAAUAUAUUUAAUUUUUUUUUAUUAUUUCGCUUUGAGAUUUGGAAAAUUAAUUAAAGAAUAAUGCAAACGCCAUGCGUACUUGCUAUUAGUUGAACAUGAUCAGGGAGAGCAAGGUUCUGAGAUCAUGCAUUAAUGCCUACUAAUGGUAACAUUGCCAAGGCAAGAUCAAUAGAAGAAGAUGUCGGAUAAUUUCUAAAGCUAAUGAAAUCAAGAUUUUAAUCGAUACUGGUUCGAAUUUUUAAAAGAUUCAAACCUGGAUCCUCUUGCACAUAAACAAACUUGAACCCGGAAUGAACUCUUUAGAAAAUAUACGAAGUUUCUUACUUAAAUUGUGAAUCAAAUUUGGAAAACAAAACCAUAGUCGGGGAAGGCCGAUCAUUAAAUACCCUGCAACACUUCGCAUAACACAAUUCU